AUGCUUGAGGGACUCGUGUCAACUCUGCUGAAUCGGUUCUUGGGCAUGUAUGUCCAGAACUUCGAUCCAAAACAGUUGAACGUCGGCAUAUGGUCUGGCGAUGUCAAGCUGCGGGACCUCGAGCUCCGUCGCGAAGCCCUAGACCAGCUACGCCUACCGCUGAACGUCGUCGAAGGACACCUCGGCUCACUCACACUAUCCAUACCCUGGUCAAAUCUAAGAGGGAAGCCGCUGAAGGUCAAUAUCGAAGAUGUUUUCCUACUGGCAGCGCCCAAGGAGGAUGCAGACUACGACGCUGAAGAGGAGGACAAGCGUGCGCACGCCGUCAAGAUGGAGAAGCUCGACAGCGCAGAGCUGCUGAAAGAGCGGAACACCGAGGGCAUGAGCGCGGAAGAGCAGCAGAAGAAUCAGAGUUUCACUGCGAGCUUGAUCACUGCCAUCGUCGACAACGUCCAGAUCACAGUCAAGAACAUCCACAUCCGAUACGAAGACUCCAUCGCCGACCCCGGACACCCAUUCGCCCUUGGUGUCACCCUCGCAGACUUCAGUGCUAUCAGCACCGACGAGAACUGGAAGCCGACGUUCAUCCAGGGCACAUCCACCUCGACACACAAGCUAGCCACACUUGGCUCGUUAGCAGUAUACUGGGAUACAGAUGCGAAGCUCAUUGGAACUGGAAAGGGCAGCCAGAGCAGCGAUGAGCAGCAAAUCGACCGAGCCGACUUCAUUGAGCGUGCAAAGGGCAUGAUUGCACGAGGCGACAACCCAGACUUGGGUGAUCAUCAGUUCAUUCUCAAGCCCAUCAGCGGUCGCGCUGGAAUAGAGAUGGACAAGACCGGUAAAAUGGACGUCGCAAAGAUGAAGGCCCGACUCCUCUUCGACGAGCUUGGUUUCAUCAUCGAUGAGGACCAAUAUCGCGACGCGCUCAUGCUGGUCGACCUAUUCCACUACUUCAUCCGCCAUCAAGAGUACAAGAGGCUGCAGCCAAAGUCAUCACCUAAGGAGGAUCCUGCUGGGUGGCUUCGCUUUGCCGGCCAGGCUGUGCUCGACAAGAUUCACGAAAGGAACCGGCAAUGGAGCUGGGAUUACUUCAAAGAACGCCGCGACGACCGCAUACGGUACAUUGAACUCUUCAAGAAGAAGAAGCGCGAGGAGAAGCUCGAUGCUACGGAAGCUGAAGAUCUCGAUAAGCUCGAGCGAAAGCUUACGUACGAGGACCUCCGCUUCUGGCGCUCGCUGGCCCGCAACCAGCUGCGCAAGGAAAAUGUCGGUGUCAAGAAGCCGCCGCCCAAGCAAACCUGGACUUCUUGGGUGUGGGGAAGUAAACAAGAAGAGUCCCACGAGGACGAGAACACUCAGAUGAGCGAACAGCAAAGAAAAGAGCUUUACGACGCUAUCGAUUGGGACGAGAAGAAGGCCAUCACCGAGUCGGUGGACAUGCCUCGCGAAUACGUCAAGUUGGAGGUCAAUAUGAGCCUGCGCACAGGCAGCUUCACACUCAAGCGCGAUCCCCAUGGCAAAUCGAACGAGAUACUCCGGCUACUCUUCGACUCGUUCAGCACCCAAUUCCUGCAACGUACAGAUUCCAUGUUCGUCAAGGUCGCGCUUGAAGGCAUGCGUCUAUACGACGGUACCACAGAAGGCAGUCUUUUCCCCCAAAUCAUCACAGUCAAGGAUGCACCGCCUGUGCCGGACGACAAGCGCAUCGAAGAGCUCAAUGAUGAUGAAUCACCCAAGGACGAUGAUGACGACGAGGAAGGUGAUGAGAAAGAAGACCCGUUCUUCUUCCUCACGUUUGAGAACAAUCCACUCGACGGAGCGGCCGAUACGAACUUAACCAUGAAGUUGAAGGGAAUGGAGUUCGUCUACAACCCCAGAUUCGUGGUUGAGGUGGCCAAAUUCUUCAAGCCUCCAGAGCGGCACAUGGAGUCUAUCGGCGCACUCAUGGAGACUGCCGGAGCAACUGUUGAGGGCAUCCGGCAACAGACACGCGCAGGUCUGGAGUUCGCCCUUACCGAACACAAGACCAUCAACGCGCAACUCGACCUGCAGGCCCCACUCAUCAUUGUGCCAGACUCUGUCACGAAGAAGUCGAGUAACUGUCUCAUUGUCGAUGCCGGUCAUGUGAGCGUAACGAGCGAGCUUGUCGACAAGGAUACCCUUCGCGACAUACAGUCGAAGCAAAAGCAGCAGUACACCGACGAGGAUUUCCGAAAGCUGGAGAAACUCAUGUACGACAAGUUCAACCUAGCGCUCCACUCGACACAAGUGCUCAUUGGACCAUCCAUCGAGGAAACUCGCGCGCAGCUCGAACAAGACUCCAGCUUGAAGAACUACCAUAUCGUUGACCGGAUCAACAUGGACUUCAAGAUUGAGAUAUGCAUCGUCCCUAAGGCGUCAGAUCUGACCAAGUUCCGUGUGUCUGGAAACCUGCCGGUGCUCCACGCAUCGGUAUCGGACUCCAAGUACAAGAACCUAAUGAAGCUGAUCGAUGUCGCCAUACCCAAAUUUGAUAAUGACGGACCCAAAAAGCCCGUCAUUGAGGGUGCGAAGGGUCCGUCCAACCUCAAGCCCACAAGCGACGCCAAGGCUGAUUCAGACCCUCUCGGACGGACGCGCUCAAAAUCAUUCGCAUUUGCUGCACAAGAACAUGAGCUCGUGAUGGAGGAAGAAGGUCACAACGAUACAGACGAGAAGUUUGCAGAUGCCACGGAGAAGCGAGAUGAGAAGAAAGAGGCACACCUGCAUCAGCGCAACUUCGAAUUCAAGUUCACUGUCGACAAGCUCAAGGGUUCGCUGUACAGAGCAGACCCAGAGGGGAGGAAAUCUGACCAACUGCUGGUUGAGCUUAUUGCAGAAAGCUUCGAUCUUGAUUUCUAUCAAGAGGCUUUCGAGAUGGCCGCGGAUGUUCGUCUCAAGAGCUUGGCAGUGGAGGACCACGUCGAAGAGUCUACCAUUCCAGAGUUCAAGAACAUCAUCUCGUCCGAAGAUGUCUCUGCAGACGAACAAAAGGAUCUAUUCACGCUCAAGUUCGUCAAAGUCAACAAGGAGUCUCCGGAGUUCCAAACCAAGUACGAGGGCAUCGCAACCAACUUGGACGUGGCUGUCUCAACGAUCAACCUGAUAGUAACCAGGCGGACGUUGCUCACGCUACUGGAUUUCGUCCUCGAUACAUUCACCAAUCCAGGCCAGCCGCAAAACCAGCAAGCCCAGAUAACGGAUAAAGAGACAGAACAAGCCGUUGCUGUCCAAACUCAAGCAGAGCCCGACAAGAUACGCAUCCGAGCAGAGAUGAAGCGCAUUGCUGUUGUUUUGAACAACGACGGAAUACGGCUAGCUACGCUGAGUUUGAACUCCGGACAUGUUGGCAUCUUCCUGAGCGGCAAGACGAUGCGCAUCGGUGGACGCCUUGGAAAUCUGUCACUCAUUGAUGACAUCAACCAAGGUGUCUCUGAAGAGUCGUCUCUCCGCCAACUUGUGACUAUUGAGGGCAAGAAUCUGGCCGACUUCAGUUACGAGACCUUCGAUGCGGACGCGGAGAGCUACCCUGGAUACGACAUGGCGGUCACGCUCAAGACGGGCUCUAUCAAGAUCAACUUCCUCACAGAGCCAUUCCGCAAGAUCAUGGAGUUUGCUGUCAAGUUCGGUAAGAUGCAAGCCAUCUUCAACGCGGCUCGUCAGGCCGCGGCGAACCAGGCGACACAGAUCCAGCAGCGAGCGACCAAGUUUCACUUCGAUAUCACCAUCAGUACGCCUAUCGUUGUAUUCCCACGUAUGGUGGUAUCCGACAAACCAGAUCGCGAUACUCUUACUGCGAACCUAGGAGAGAUCUACGCCAAGAACAGCUUUGUUCCUCUUGAUGAUUCCAAGGGUGCCGAGACCGCGAAUAAGCUUUCGGCUGGUAUCAGGAACAUCAAGCUCACAUCGAAGCUGCAUUACGAUGAGGACCGCUCAGAGGAACUGCAGCUGAUUGACAAGGUCGAUCUCGAUUUCAACAUCACAAUGGUUGAGCACAAGGCUGGACAGAAACGGCCAGACCUUGAGAUCGACGGUUCGAUGUCGGACAUCAACUUAAUGCUCACACCAGAGCAAAUGAAGUUCGCACUAGAACUGUCUCGCUCCAUACCCGCAGCGUUUGCCACCGAGUCUGACGCUAUAGAUCAGGAUGUGCAAGCCGAACUACCUCGCGAGACGACGGAGCCUGCGCGACGACUCACGGACAAGGACAACACAGAAGAAGAGUCCUCCAAGAACGCUGUGUCGUCGCAAGGACCUGAGCUGCAAUCUGACGGCGACAAGUGGACGAAGCUGGACUUUGUCUUCAAGGUCGGCACUAUCGGAUUGGAGCUUGUCAAAUCUGAGGAUGCCCAGCCUGUAGGCGAUGUUGAGGCCGCUAGUCUCUCGAAGUUCUCCCUCAACGACACGAACGUUAAGGUCCGCAUGAUCAGCGAUGGAGCGAUGGAGGCUGAACUAGUUGUGCAAUCUUUCACGAUCCGAGACAGCCGCACGCAGGGAACGAACAAGUUCCGCAAGAUCAUGUCGCUCAUCAACAACGAUGUCAAGCAGCAAUUCAUGGCCAGUGUUUCCAUUUCGGGCGGGAAAGAGAAGAGCAUGAUUGCGCUUCUUACCAUUGAUAGUCCAAGAAUUAUUCUGGCUCUUGAUUAUCUCUUUGCUCUGCAAGCCUUUGCAAACGCAGGUCUCGCUACCGACGAGCCUUUGGCUAUCGAAGAGGCAGCUGAGCAAGAGGAGACUGAUAGCGAUGACGACAUCAUGUCACCAGACGGCUCUCGAACAUUAGAACUUCCAGAGCCUGCGAAAGAGCCUACCGAUGGUGGUAUGAACAUGUCGUUCCGUGUCAACUUGGUAGAUGCCCAGGUUGUGCUCAUUGCCAACCCAGCCAUGGCCAGCUCAGAGGCCAUCGUCCUUGGUACAAAGCAAGUGCUUAUAUCCAAGCAACAAGCAAUGACGCUGCAGGUCGACAAGGUUGGCAUGUUCCUAUGCCGCAUGGAUCGCUUCGAGACCAACCGAAUGCGCAUCCUUGACGACUUCAGCAUCCAGACAGCGCUCGACAUCAGGAACCAAGGCGCAAAGUCUUCGAUGAUGAGCAUUACCGUCGACAUUGAGCCUCUUGUACUCCGCUUGUCACUCCGUGAUAUCCUGCUAGCUAUGCAGAUUGUCAACAGAGCAUCAGCAAUGGCUGCCCCAGCUGAGAAGAGUAUGCCCUCUGCAGAAGCCAAGCAAAUCAAGACAGGCACACCUUCCAAGAAGGGGACUUCUCAUGCAGGCAAAGCCGUGUCCAACAAGCCUCGUACCAAGUCUCUCGCGACCACCAGACGAUCUAGUCAACAGGUCGGGAAGCAGCAGGCAAUCCCUUCUUCCGCUGUACUCAAGCGGGAAGAACUUCACAUCAGCGUUGAAGGCAUACGCGUUGUCCUUAUCGGUGAUGUACAUGAGAUGCCCAUGCUCGACUGGCGCGUGAAGAAGUUUGGUGUCGACGUGAGAGACUGGUCGGGAGCGAUGGUUGCCGACACCUCGCUUGACACCCUCGUCAAUGUGUACAACUUCUCCAAGUCUGCGUGGGAGCCGCUCAUCGAGCCUUGGGCCGUUGGCUUCCACAUGUCCAAGGAUCAGAAUCCCGACAAGCUAGCCGUCGAUAUCUACUCGCGCAAAGCUAUGGAGCUCACAGUGACAGCCGCGACGAUUGCACUGGGAUCCAAAUCGUUCGACUUCCUCACCAGCGAAGAUGACAUCUUGUCCAAGCCUCGGGGUAGCGACGCUCCGUAUCGUGUACGUAACUACACAGGUUUCAGCCUCGAUGUCUGGGCUGAGGGCAAGGAGCAAGAAGGCUUUGCAGCUAAGCUUGAAGAUGGGGAAGAGCAGCCUUGGCGAUUCGAAGACCCCAUGUCGACAAGAGAGUCGCUCUCCACGGAUGGCGCAACCGGCAUGCUUGGUAUCAAGCUUCAGGGCAGUGGUUUCGAUACUCUUACACGGGUACCUGUUCACCGAGAGGGCGAGUUCCUGUACAACCUCAAACCGAAGCAAGACCGCAUCCAGCAUCGUCUAUUGAUCGAGGUGAAGCUCGGCGCCGACAACAUCAAGAACAUCACCAUUCGUUCCCCAAUGUUGGUAGAGAACAACACUCAGAUUCCGAUCGAGCUUGGUAUGUACAGCCCAGAAGAUGGCCAUCUCCUCAAGAUCGAUAAAAUCGCUCCUGGAGAUGCCAGACCAGCACCAGUCGGCGCCUGCUUCAUGCACUCUAUCGUCAUCCGUCCCGAUCAAGGCUUCGGCUAUGCUUGGUCUAACGAGCGCUUGUUCUGGAAGGACUUGCUCAAGCGACCCACGAGGACAAUCACUUGCCGUGGCGAGCAAGACGACCAAUCGCCGCCGUUCUACUUCCAACUCCAUGCGGCCUACGACAAGAAGGACCCUCUCACGGGCGUCUACCCGUACAUGCGACUACGCCUCCAGGCACCCGUCGAGGUGCACAACCUUCUUCCAUACGACUUCAAGUAUAGGAUCUACGACAGCAACACGAAGAAGGACUGGACGAACUUCCUUAGAAAGGGUGGUAUCAGCCCGGUUCAUGUAGUGGAACUGUCGCAUCUUCUCCUCAUCAGUGUUGAGAUGCAGGAUGGACCUUUCAAGCCCAGCAAAUUUGGCAUCAUCAACUCGACCGAUCGCGAGAGUUUUAGGAGAGAGAAGGUGUUGGAGGUCAAGGAUAACAACGAUACUACUCUACACCUCAACAUGCAUUUCUUCAACUUCCCCGACGGUGGCGGUGCUUUCAAGGUUGCGAUUUACAGCCCUUACAUCGUCCUCAACCGUACCGGUCUUCAGCUUGAUGUUCGAGCUCAGCAGCUCAUGGGCCAAGCCAGAGCUGCUGCUGGACAGGGUGUCGUAACAGACAACCAGAACGAUGCUGGCAAGGCCUUGCCCUUCAUGUUCUCUUACCCGACAGAGAACAAAAAGAACCGUGCCCUCAUCAGGGUUGGCGAGUCAAACUGGAGCAAGCCUCAGAGUUUCGAUGCGAUCGGUAGCACAUACACGGUAGCCUUGCCAUCAAAAGCGGCACGCUCUGACAUGCACUUGGGUGUCUCUGUCUCAGAGGGCGAAGGCAAGUACAACUUGACCAAGACCGUUUCCAUCGCACCGCGCUUCAUCGUCAACAACAAGAUGAAGGAGGAACUACUCAUCCGAGAGCCUGGUCAGUCUGAUUGGAUGACGGUGAAGGACGGCGAGCUGUUCCCUCUCCGCUGGCUGCGACAAGGUGGAGCACCACAAUUGUCCCUUUGCUACCCCGGUGUUAACAACCAGUGGUCUUCUCCCUUCAACAUCUCCAACGUCGGCAACGUCCACGUCAAGCUUUCAAAGGCUGGACAGCGCCAGAAGCUUGUUCGUGUCGAUAUUUUGAUGGAGGCAGCGACGAUCUUCUGCCAUGUCAGCGUUGAGAACAAGCAUUGGCCGUUCUCAUUCAAGAAUAUGAGUGACCAAGAGUUCCUGUACUGGCAAGCUAAUCCCAACCUGGAUGAGGACGAGGACGACCGCGGUUCUGGUUUCCGACCGAUCAGGUACCGCCUGCCUCCUAGGAGCAUCAUGCCAUAUGCGUGGGAUUUCCCGGCUGCGAAAAACAAGGAGAUUGUCAUCAGCGCAAAUGGCCGCGAGCGACAUGUCAAGCUUGCCGAGAUUGGGCCGCUCAUUCCAUUCAAGAUACCGCCUGGCCAAGAACGUGGCGGCAUGAAGGUCAUCGAUCUGAACGUCGUUGCAAAGGGUCCCACGCAGACUCUCGAAGUGUCGAACUACAAGCCAUCUAAGAGUAUGUACAAGCAGAAGUCUGCUGGCUCAUCCUCGACGGCGACCGGCUUCGAGGUGAAGGAUAUGGACACAGACGUCACUUUCAAGGCGCAGAUACGCCUUGCUGGUAUCGGCAUAUCGCUCGUCAACCGCCACCUGAAGGAGCUGGUGUAUGUUACACUACGCGACAUCGAGAUGAAAUACUCCGACUCGCCCCUCUACCAGAUGGUCAACAUGCAAGUCAAGUGGAUUCAGGUCGACAAUCAACUCUACGGUGGCAUCUUCCCCAUCAUAUUCUACCCCAGUGUUGUUCCGAAGACGGGCAAGGAGAUGGAGGCGCAUCCCAUCUUCCAAACGACCAUCACCAAGGUCAAGGACGAUUCGUACGGUGUGCUCUACAUUAAAUACUUCACAUUCCUGCUCCAGCAGAUGACGAUCGAAAUCGACGAGGACUUCAUCUUCGCCAUGAUCGACUUCGCGAAUAUCCCUGGUGCUUCUUGGUCCGAAGAGAAGCAGGGCAAGCUAUGGGAUGACAAUCUCAGCAUACCCGAGCCAAAGCAGGAACAAUCUGGCCAGGACGUCUACUUUGAGCUUCUCCAUCUGCAGCCUAUGCAGAUCGAUUUGUCGUUCGUCCGAACAGAGCGCAUCAACGCUGAGGAUACCAUGAGCACUUCCAACCCAUUCAUGUUCGCCGUCAAUGUUCUCACCAUGUCAAUUGGCAACGUCAACGAUGCACCAGUACGAUACAACUCGUUGAUGCUGGAGAACGCUCGCAUUUCGACAACUGCGUUGAUCAACAACAUCAAGAACCAUUACGUACAGGAGUCGCUGCGACAAGUGCACGUCAUCAUCGGGUCCGCCGACUUCCUCGGUAACCCAGUUGGUCUGUUCAACAACAUCAGCUCUGGUGUUGCAGACAUCUUCUACGAGCCAUACCAGGGUCUCGUCAAAUCGGAUCGACCCGAAGAUCUUGGAAUCGGUAUCGCCAAGGGUGCAUCAAGUUUCGUCAAGAAGUCCGUGUUCGGAUUCUCGGACAGUAUGGCCAAGUUCACUGGCAGUAUGUCAAAGGGUCUCUCUGCGGCCACCUUGGACAAAGAGUUCCAGGACCAGCGUCGCAUGUCGCGGUCCCGCAACAGGCCCAAGCACGCGCUCUACGGUAUCACAUCUGGUGGCAAUGCCUUCGCCAGCAGUCUCGCCAGUGGUCUUGGUGGCCUCGCCCGUCAUCCCAUCCAAGGAGCUGAGAAGGAAGGUGCUCUUGGUUUCGUAAAGGGAGUCGGCAAAGGACUGUUGGGUGUACCUACCAAGGCCGCCAUCGGAGCCUUUGAUCUUGCCUCCAACAUGGCAGAAGGUGUGCGCAACACAACCACCGUCUUCGACCAGGAAGGUCUCGACCGCGUGCGCCUCACGCGAUUCAUCGGCACAGACGGCAUCGUGCGCCCCUACUCUCAACGCGAAGCGCUCGGUCAGUUCUGGCUGAAGACACUUGAUAAUGGCAAGUACUUCAACGAAGACUACAUUGCGCAUCUUGAGUUGCAGAACAAGGAGAUGCUCGUUAUGCUCACGUACAACGGCCUCAUGAUGGUGCGCACAAAGAAGCUGCAGACUGAAUGGGAUGUACCGCUCAAGGACGUUCAGACCAUCAGCAAGGAGAGGACGGGACUGGGUAUCACGCUCAAGGGAGGCACGAAUGGGCCUUUCAUCCCGGUUAGUGAUGAGGAGAGUAGGAAUUGGUUCUACCGACAGGUUGCUGUGGGUGUUAAUGCUUAUAAUGACCGGUGGAACGCGAAGGGUUGA